AUGGGCGGACUGACGUACAUUCAGGGCGACGACGCCAAGCCGCCGUGCGUGUCGCCGUGCGAGCAGGGCGUCUAUCUGGCCAGCCUGCACGCCGCCUUCGGCGCCCUGAUGGCGCUGUGGGAGCGCCGCGCCAGCGGUCGGGGGCAGCUGGUGGAGACGAGCGUGCAGGAGGUGCUGGCCAAUCUGUAUUUCCUGAUCGUGAAUUACGGCUUGUGGAGCGACAUUCCGUACCGCAUGGGAGCGCGGAAUUUCAUGCCGCCGAAUGGCUAUUACCCCUGCCGGGAUGGCUACGUGUUCAUUGCCACCCUGAUGUCGGGCCUGUGGGAGAAGCUGGCCGGCGCGGUCGGCGACCCCCGGCUGGCGGAUGAGGCGCUGCGCAACCCUGAUUACCGCAACGAGCACCCGGAACUGGUCGAUCCGAUUCUGGAGGAAUUCGCGUCGGGCUUCGAUCGUUGGGCGUUCACCAGUUUGCUGCAAAGCCACGGCGUGCCGGCUGCACCAUGGUGCAGCGUGGCGGACGUGGCGGACAACGAGCACCUCCGCGCGCGCGAGUUCUUUAUUGAUUUCGAGCAACCGCCGGUUGGUCGUCUGCGCAGCGCCGGGCCGAUGUUUCUCGCCCCUGCCGCGCCGCUGCGCAUUCGGCGCCCGGCACCGCGGGUUGGGGAACACCAGGACGAAGUGUUGGCCGAACUCGAGGCGCCAGCGCAAGGGCUGCCGGCUCCUGCCGGAGGCAUCGAAAACGGCUUGCCGCUGGCGGGUAUUCGCGUCCUGGACCUCAGCCGCGCCUGGGCCGGCCCCUACGGAACCCGCUACCUGGCGGAUUUCGGCGCCGACGUCAUCAAGGUGGAAACCGGCAAGUACCCUGACGGACGGCAGCCCGACAACCCUGGGUACGGUGAGAUCAAUCGCAACAAGCGCUCGGUGACGCUUAAUUUUCAGACGCCCGAGGGCCAGGGUCUGCUGCGGCGUUUGGUGGCCGUCAGCGACGUGGUGGUCGAAAAUUUCAGUCCGCGCGUCAUGGUCAAAUACGACCUGGAUUACGCCCAUCUGAAAGAGGUGCGGUCCGACCUCAUCAUGGUGAGCCUGCCGGGCUAUGGGCGCCAGGGGCCGCACGGCGGCUACGUCAGUUUCGGCGGCCCGCUGAUGGCCUAUACCGGCAUGUCGUACCUGUGGGGGCACCCCGACUCGCCGCCGAACGCGCGCGUGAAGGUGGCGCAGCCGGACUACAUCGCGGCCGCCACACAGACGCUGGCGGUGAUGGCGGCCCUCCAUCACCGGGCGGCUACGGGAGAGGGACAGCACGUCGAAAUCGCCCAGGUGGAGACGACGAUUGCCGCCAUGGAAGGGGUCUAUCUCGACUAUUUCGCCAACGGCACGGUGGCCGGGCCCAUGGGCAACCGCGACCCGAAUGCGGUGCCGCAGGGCUGCUAUCCGUGCCUCGGGCACGAGGCAUGGUGCGUCAUCAGCUGCACGACCGACGCGCAGUGGCGCAUUCUGGCGACAGUGAUUGGCGGCGAGGUGCUGGCUGAUGAUGCCAGCUUGGCGACGGCAGAGAAACGCUGGCAACGGCACGACGAGCUCGACGAGCUGAUCGGCAAAUGGACGCGCGACCGGACCCCGUACCAGGUCAUGCGUGACCUGCAGGCCGCCGGGGUGCCGGCCGGCGUCAUGCAGACGUCUGAGGACCUAUGGCGAGACGUGCAUCUGCGGGCGCGGGAUUACCCGGUGAUGAUGGCGCAUCACGACCUCGGCACGCUCGAGCACGCCGGCAUGUCGGUGCGGCUGCACGCCACGCCGGGCCGGAUUCAAAGGCCUGUGGGGCCGAUGGGCGAGGCAAACGCGGAGGUGUUUCGCGGGCUCCUGGGGCUCUCGGAAUCGGAACUCGGCAGGCUUAUGGCAGCGGGCGUCAUUGCGUAG